AAGAGCAGGCUUUGCUGCUCGGUGGUUGAAAUAUUUAAAAGAAGCCGGCUAUUGCAGUUGGUGAAAAGUCCGUGCUACCUAAGCAGAAACCUGUUUGCAAGAACUUUGUGUGUGUGUGUGUAGGUGGGGGAUGUUAUUUCUGGGUUCCCUACUUAAACUUAAGCCAAAUGUGCAACCCUUUUGUUAUUUCCGAGAGCUAUUAAGAGGCCUGCAUAAGCCUAACUGUGAUCAGGAGUUGACAGUAUAUCCCUUUCUCGUCGUCGUCAGCUUCACAUUACCUGGACUGGCUGCACUAAAGUCAGGAGGAAAAAGGAAGAGAAUGCAAACUAUUGGGGACCUAAUUUCAAUAAAGGACCGUGUUAUUAGUUUAUAAUCAGUUUAUAGCUGUAUAAGUCAUGGAACUAUAGUAAUGUUUAUAGAGCACUUAGUAAGAGCCAGGUAUAAUUACAUUUUGAUCUCCUAAUGAUUGGCACAACCUGGUAGGGUAAUCUUCUCUAUUCACCCAGGAAGAUGAAACUUCACAGGAAAGGGGAUUGAAGCAGUUGUAUCCCUUUUUGUCAGUUCGUCAAAGCAAGAAAGAGAAACUUGCUAUUUUUUCCUAUAUAUGCCUACGCGUAAGUGUAGGGUCAACAUUGGAUGUUACUCAUCAGAGCUGUCCGCCUUGUCUUUCUUGAGACAGGGUCUCUCAUGGAACUUCCUUGGAACUCACCAAAUACUCUAGCCCAGUGGUCAUCUAGCCCCAGGAAUCCUCUUGUCUCAACCUCCACAGAACUGGGAUUACGAGCAGGUUUGCUGAGAAGCACAACUUUGCCAAACCUAAUGACAGUCGAGCUCUCCAUCUGAUGACCAAAUGUGCCCAGACAGUAAUGCAGGAGCUGGAGGACAUUGUGAUUGCGUAUGGACAGAGUGAUGAGUACAGCUUUGUGUUUAGGAAGAGAAGCAAUUGGUUCAAAAGAAGAGCCAGGUCCUACCUUGGCGUGGAAUUAAUGUCAAACGCUUUCUCUUUUCUUGUUCCACCCAAUGUGUCUUGCAAGUAAGUUCAUGACUCUCGUGGCCUCCCAGUUCGCCUCCAGUUACGUGUUUUACUGGCGUGAUUACUUUGAGGACCAGCCCCUUCUGUAUCCCCCAGGAUUUGAUGGAAGAGUCGUGUUGUAUCCUAGCAACCAGACUUUGAAGGACUACCUCAGCUGGCGGCAGGCAGACUGUCACAUCAAUAAUCUUUAUAAUACAGUUUUCUGGGCCCUUAUCCAGCAGUCUGGACUAACACCAGUGCAGGCCCAGCAGAGACUAAAGGGAACUCUGACAGCAGACAAGAAUGAGAUUCUGUUCUCCGAGUUCCACAUCAACUACAACAAUGAACCACAUAUGUACAGGAAAGGGACAGUGUUAGUGUGGCAAAAGGUGAAUGAAGUCAGGACACAAGAAAUUAGGCUGCCAGCAGAAAUGGAAGGGGAAAAGAUGGCCGUGACUCGGACCAGAACCAAGCUGGUGGCUUUGAACUGUGAUCUCAUUGGGGAUGCCUUCUGGAAGGAACACCCAGAGAUUCUGGAGGGAGAGGACUGAUCUUGCGUGGUGCAGUUCUGGCAUACUUAAUCACGCAGGGCUACCCAAGUCUCUCCAACCUCAGGUGGCCCGAGCAUCCCUGGCCCCAAGAGCACUGUCAGGAGGACUGGGGUUGGGUGGAGACAGACGAAGGAGGGAUGUGUGGGGGCGGCGUAUCUUGUUCUGCUUAAGCAGAAUACCUUAAAAAAAAAAAAAAAAAACAUGUUAGAACAUGACUUCUUUGGCUCUUUUCAAAAUCGUGGUCCUAUUUUUAUAAAGGAACUAUUCAUACUUUGCUGGAAGAGUCAUUUUUAGCUGUGGCAUAAGCCUUACAAAAACCUGUCACCUCUUUCCACCUCUGAUAGAAGAGAAGCCCAAACUUUACCCUCACCCACUUAACUAGAGAAUGCAGUGACUGAAAAGCCCCACUUUUGACACCCAAGUGCUUGCACUUAUCUUUUAGCACGCAGUUAAAUAUGGGUUGCUGCCUGCACGAUGCCUCCAGAUUGAGAAAUCCCAGGGAACACUCGAGGCCCCGUGCCAGUUCCCAGGAUGGCAGCUUCGACCGAACUGAGCACAGGAGGGAUGGUUUGGGUACCCUGUACCAUUCCAGGAUCGAUUUUUCUGGGAUUGUUAUCAUAAUCAUUGUCUUCUCUUACCGGGAACCUAGUUUGCAAUCGCUUAACUCUUUUCAAGAAAAGGUAUUUUAGGGAGGUAUAUGUGUAUACAUCCGAGAGGGAAAUGUGUUUGUGUGAAUGAGGAUGGGGAAGCAGCUGCUCCACGUACCCUGGAAGAACGGCAGUGGCAAAGCUGACUUUGGGUUAGCCUUCUGGACAAGCAUUUUCAAAUAGCCUCAAUGCUGUCAGAGCUGUACCAUUUGAACUCAGGAGCACCAGGAGGCCUGAUAACUGUGGUAUGAUCUAAUCCUAGCACUUGGAGGUUGAGGCAGGAAGAUCAAAUAUUUGAAGCCAAACUGCAAGACGUGGCAAGGCUCUCAAAAGGGGUAGAGUUGGGGUCGGAGUCACUGGUGAUAGCAGAGGUUUUAAAAUAGCUCCUCCCACCGAUGGCAGGAUGGGAACUGGCAAGGGGCAGAGAUGGGGAUGGAAAUCAUUUGUUCCCAAGGUGCUGGAUUCAAUGUGGAAAUCAUGUUUCCCCUUGACCCUGUUUUAUAUCUCAGAGGGAAAAGUUUAUUUGGCUCCAUUAGGAAUUAAUUAAAAGACAGCCCAUGUCCUGCUGCCUGGUCUUGCAUUUGCAGGAUUUUCAGCCAAGAAGAAAAUGUAUUUUUGAAAGAGCAGCGUCUGGCCUCAUCCCUCACUAAUUGACACCCCAUCUGCCGAUGCCGUUUUUUCCUUCCUGUUCUCCCCACUCCCCAGGAAGAAGCAAUACAGCUCAUGUUUGGUAACUGCUAAAAUAUUUUUAAGAGGAAAAAAAAAGGUAUAAUAAAGACUUCAGCUCCUUGGCCUA